GAUGAUGGAGCUGCUGACAGGAGAGGGAGGUCUCGUAGGAGAUGUGAUGGAGGAUCGGCAGUCCCUCUCGUCAUGGGAUCAUCCUGAAGAAGCCACACAUUAUGAGCGAUAUCCGUUCUGUAAAGAAGAGCCCCUGGAAGAACGGAACCCCCUUCACAAUGACUUCCCUCCCCCCACAGACCUCAUCCAGCAUAUAUCUGUUGGGAUCAAGAAGGAACCAGACUCGGGUCAAGGUGAACCGGUAAUAAGUCGUAUUAUGGAGGGUCCUGAGGAGGGAAAUCUUCUACACAUGGCUAGAGAUCUCUUACACCUCCGUGUCUUCACUCACCAGACACCUACUCAGGUUAAGGAGGAACUCUUAGUUUCCGAUGAAGGACCUCUAGAAGAACCUGAUGUUCCCACACAACGCCUUCAAUCGGCUCUUAUUCCUCAGGGGGCCUCGUUGGAAGGAGAAUUCACAGAAGGAGAGACAGUUUGCUAUAAGUGGAACGUUGUUGGCCCUCAGGGAGAUGACAUAGAAAAAGGGGCGAGACAAAUCCUCCAGAAACCCGGUCACAUCGUGGUGAAAGGAAAGCAGUUUUCCUGCACCGAGUGCGGGAAGUCUUGCCGGAGCAAUGCCGAUCUUAUUCAGCACAGCCGAGUACACUCAGGGGAGAAACCUUUCCAGUGCUCAGAGUGCGGGAAACACUUCAGCCAACAGUCCACCUUAACCAUGCACCACAGGAUCCACACGGGACAGAAACCGUACACAUGCACCGAGUGCGGGAAGUGCUUCACCAGCAGGUCAGAUCUGACCAAACACAGCAGGUCCCACACCGGACUCAAACCGUAUUCCUGCCCCGAGUGCGGGAAAUUCUUCUCCUCCAGUUCUCACUUCUUCCGGCACAAGAAGAUGCACAUCGGCGACAAACAGUUUAUCUGCUCCGAGUGCGGGAAGAGUUUCCUGACGCGUUCAGAGAUGGUGAUCCAUCAGAGGAUUCACACGGGGGAAAGGCCCUAUCCUUGUUCUGAAUGCGGCAAAUGCUUCGUCAGCAGCUCCGACCUGGUCAAGCACCAGAGGAGCCACACCGGCCUGAAGCCGCACAUCUGCCCCGAGUGCGGCAAAAGUUACGUCAGCCGCUCCGUCCUCACCCGGCACCAGAAGAUUCACCGGGCGGAGAAACGCUUCUUCUGCGCCGAGUGCGGGAUGGGCUUUGUGAGGACGGGGAAGUUUUUGGCCCACGUUAAAUCCCAUUACCGCCCUCGGACUUUGUCUCCGCUUCCGAGCUGAACUCCGCAAACUACAGCUGGAAAACAUUCGACCCGGAACCCGGACCUCACCAAUGUCAUAACUGGGUUGUAGCCUUCAUCCAUGUUACUAAACGUGUCUUUUGUAGGAA